AUGGCGCCCGGGUCGCUAAGCCCUGUUUAUCUUCCAGACCUGGGAAAAUGCCUUGCCGGCGAGCUCCUUCUUCCUUCUUGGGACGAUCUGCUGGAUGCCUUGCUGUCCCACGAUGAGACAAGAUCUGGGCUCGCUGUCGAAAUCCUCUCCGGCGAUCGUCCUAAAAAGGUCUUGUCCGAACUGUUUCCCACGUUUCCACCGCCAUCGCCCUCCUCCAAAACCGCAGUCGAUUCAAUCACCGCCGCGAUCAGUUCUCCAAACCCCCAUUACAGCAUUGACGAAAUCAAGGCGGACGCUCUGUGGCUGAGCCAGCAGGCAAACUUGGACGAGCUGGAGGCAUUGCGCCUGACCGUCUUAGAAUGGCAAUACCGACCAGAGUCACGGCUCAACAAGGGCUAUUCAGAGGCUGAACUCGCUAGCCUAAGAGAGGCUCUGGGAUCCGAUGUUGUCGACAAACAGUUCCAGGUGAAACAAGGCUCAGCCGCAAGAGACGAUGGCUUUUUCGGUAACCAGAGCUCCCGCCGGGCGGGACUGAUAUCUCGGCAUCUGCAGGAACGGGUCGUUGUGUUGCGGACGAGAAGAUCUCUUUUGGAUGCCAGUCUCUUACCCAAGGCUAAAGACAUACCCCUGUGCAAGUUGCAAGAUCUGGCCAAAGGUCUAGCCCCGAAACCAGAUCGCUCCUUGGCUGAUGACCUCGACGCCGGCAUCACUGCAAUACAAGAACAAUCAAGGCGGCUGCAACAGGGCCAGCAAUGGGACGUGGACGAACUACAAAUUCCUCUUCUCAAUGACAUGUCUGAUACGAGUUGUUUGGAGAGCAUAGGCACUAUCCUAGAAAUUUUGUUGUUAAGAGUCAGGAGCUCGAGAGCUACGCCAUCUUCUCACACCCUCUUAUUGUGGUUGCAGCUUAUGGUGUCGCUCGGGUUCUUUGGCCCGUUCACUUCUGAGAACGCGGCGCAGUUGGCCGCCAUCCAGAAAAUACAGUCGAUGGGGUCUCUCGUUACAGCUGCACUUUUCGACCUGGCAUCCUCUGUGGCCACCUUGAAUGAAACUGCACUGUCCAACCAAUCCGUGCGGCCGAAUCGAGAACAGCAGUACUUUUUCGACGCUGAUGCGGUUCAUGAGAUCCACCAGCUCCUUGCUCUCCAAGCUGAAACUGGGAACGUGCAUGCCGGACCGGCCGUGUUGGCAUGGGCGAUUAUGGUCCACCAAAUUCGACUCCUCGCUGCCGCCGUCAAAGAAACGCGUGACAGUCAGCACAUCCAAAAGUCCAGCGAUGGGGUUUCUCUUUUUGACGCUUCAGCGGGCCGACGAAGCUCUGUCAGUAGCAUCGCUUCGUCCCAAGCAAGCAUUUUUGAAGAACUCCUCGAUAAAGUCAUGGCAAGCAACUCGAACGAAGACCCCUCCAGUGUACUGCUCAACACGGUCAUCGGCCAAUGCCAGGUGUUCGACUAUAUUAGUAUUCUUACCAACUCGGCUUCUGUCCCUUCCAGUGUUCUCUCGGCAUAUCAACUACAAACCUUGCAGGAGCUUAUCACGGUAUCUCACUCCUUCUUGGGCUACACUCCGGAGUUGGUGUCGGCUCAGUUGGCAUUGUUGUCCACCAGUUCAGAUGAUGAGCAACAACAAAGACCAUACGACCCUGCGAUUGACUUUGCCGAUGAUGAGUUUUUGCUUGCAGGAUUCUACGACGUUUCUGCAGCACGGUUUCCCUACGAGAGUCUUCCUUUCCUACAGUUUUCCAGGGCUCUCGCGAAAGCAAAAAUAUUCAAUGACCAAGGAAUACACUAUGUUGAGCAUCGCCUGAGAAAGCUGACCUCGUUCACCCAGGCGGCAAUCAAAGGCGUCGAAUACAGGACCAUUCGUGACGACGAGAGUGGCAAUCUUGUGGCUCUCAACAAGCCAGUCAACAUGCUCGACCUCACACAGAACAGGCUAUUGACCUAUACGCAUCAGGAAUCCGAGUCAUCCUCGAUUAUUCCUGCAGAUGCGGAAGGCGAACUCAUCUCAGAUCCCGAUUCGACAUCCAAAGUGAUCAGAUGGCAAUAUGAAUAUUCCGGUCUAGCAUACUUGGGUCAACUUCUAGAAAUACACUACAUGGGUCUGUUGCCCACCGCCUUGUCACCGUUUGAGGAGCCUGAAGCGGUUGUCUCCGAGAUUAUUGGUCUCCUGGCGACUUUGUUGUCCACUAUCCACCAAAGUGCCUCGGAUGGACGAAGCAAAGACCAAGUACGUGAUCACUGCAACAGCGUCUUGAUCGAAGCAAGCAGUCACCUCAGUCACGAGGCAGACGUCGUCGCAUACGUGUUUGAGAUCUUCGAGCAGGAGCUGCAGUCAUUUCGCCGACGGUCAUCUUCAAGCUUCGACCUCCGGAUUCUGCUCUCUUGCUUGGAUUUUAUCAUCGCGCUCACCAACGUGCGGCCACACUUGAUCUGGACCAAUCUCAACCGAACGAGCCUUCUGGGUCGCCAGUCGUCAGCGACGAUUAUUCCUGGGAUUGUGAGCGCGGUGGAGAUUCCUCUACGAAGCUUUGACUUCUUGGAGAGGUGUGCUCGCCUGUACACAGCUCUGGUGCAGCUAGCUCUCACAAACCGAGAUAACACCUUGUCUACAGCCGCUGUGGUGACGGCGCGAAGGCGAUCUGCAUUACCCGCGGGUUGGCAGAUUCAAGGGCCGACAUUGCUGUCCAUGACCGAUAUCAUGUUCAAAGUGUUCCAAGAGAUAUCGGAGUGGGCAUUCCAAUCUCCCGCGCAGCAGCUCCGGAUCAUCACUCUUGUUACGGGAGCAUUCAACGACAUCCUCCGCUACGGAUUUGAUAUCGGUGAUUCAUUGGAUUCUUCAUCCGGCGCGACGGCACUGUUCGCUGAACCGGCACGACUUCUCGCCUCCUCUUUCCGUGCCAGCGGCUCUGACCAUGUCGCCGUGGGUCCAAUAUUGCGCUCCUUUUUCAAGGCUGACGCCUUGGCACACUCUGUUUUGAUUGACGCAGGUGACGUUGAGCGUCACAUUAACCAAUUACUAGCACUGGCCACCGUGAUGGCUCGAUACGGUGAAACUAGACGUCUGCCGCUCUCGUCAGCUGAGCUACACAUUUUCAACGCCAUGCCGUCUUUGGUUCGGAUACUUCAAAUCAAGUCCAAGGUCCGGGUCCAGUGUUUGAAGUUGAUCAGGUCGAUCGUCUCCUACGUCGGUCAACAUGAGCCGUCUUCUCUACUAGGGCACUUGGGCUCCGCUUCUUGCACCGACUUCCUGCAUUUGUUGAAACAUAUUGACCAGGGAUCUCACUCGGGCGAGGAGCGUGCCGAGCUCUGGAAAGUCCUGGCUUUGCUGGUCAAGGACUCCCAGCAGUGGCUGGCCAUGGUGCUUUUGACUGGCGCCGCUCCGGACAGCUCUAGGAAAGCUAAGGAGGAUGCGCCAACGAAGUCUCUCCGAGGGAAGAACUUCCUACAGCUUGCUGUUGACGAACUGGGCCACAUUGAAUCUCUCCCACAACAAGUCGCGGUGGCCAUGCUGGAUUUCGUCUUGGAAGCACAACAGAACUGGCCGUGGGUGGCGAACAACCUUGACUCUUCGCCGGAAUUCUAUAAGAAGGCCAUCACGUACGCCACGCACGGAGAUGCCAGCCGCAGCGACGAAACUGAACUCGCAUAUCAAAAGUUGAUUGCCGCUCUCAUCACUGACCUGUCCAACGCUCACCUUCACCACGCGAAGGCUUCCCGAGACCUCAACGCCAUCAAGACCUUCAUUCCUCUGAUUACUUGGUUGGCCGUGAAUGGUGUCGAAGUUUCGAGCUACAAUGCGUCUCUGCAUUCCAACUUGCGAAGGAACUUUGCUGCCAAGUACAACGGACUGUCAGUUUCCGACAUCAAGCACACAGGAUUGACCGAAACACACUACGGACCUAAUUUCUUCUACGACCUCGAGGUUGCCGACAAACUCUUCACCGACGACGUAUAUUGGCACGGAGAUCGGGGAAGAUCGAGCCAGCAAUCAUUCUCGGCAGAAUUCAGAAGAGCGAACGCAAAUUUGUCUCUGGUGGACUCUGAGCUGAAGCUGUUACUGAGUCUGCAACGUCUGUGUGUCGACCAUUGCAAAUUCUUUGGGCAAGAUCGCGAAAUUCAAAAGAAAAUGGCUUACAUUGUUCAAUGUUGCCUGAGAGCCAAUUGUCAGCUCUACCCUGCCGAAGCCAUUUUCGACUCAGUGUUUCAGACCCGGGCAGAUCUAUCCAUAGUGUUGCUCGGUGAACUGGUUGCAGCGGGUGCGAGAGGUUCAGAGUUUACGGGCUUGUUGAAGCCUUCCUGGGAUGCGGUUCGAUUCAGGAAUGGUUCAUACGAGAAAGCGAUCAUCAACGACGAUCUCACUUACUGGCGGUCGACCCUCUACAUCCUACUCAUGGCUAUUUCGUUCCACGUCAACAAAAAGCGCAGGCCGACCACCGUUCCCGGUACCAGUACUGCCGUUAUCACUCUGGACCACGCGAACACGACGUUUCUGGAGAUCAUGACCCAAAUCGUUGCCGACGGCUUCAAGUCGGUUGUAACGGCACUCCAAGAACAGAAACAGAGCAAGCUGAACACCAAAUCCACCGACACCUCCGAUUCCGUCGGGCCACGCGAUAUGUCUCUUCUGUUGACCCUCGCGCAAGGCAUCUUGCGAUUGCCGACCUUGUCACAAUUCUCUGUAGAGCUCUCUGAAAGAAUUUCUUCUUCCGGUGUCGCCUCAUCGUGCGUCCUGCUCUAUACAUGGUCUCACAUCCUCAUACGGCCCGAGUUUGACAAGGAGCCGCGGUACGGUUUGUUCUCGGUCCAAAUGCUGGCGUCUUUGUCUUCCCUUGCGGGUGUGGCCGAGGAGCUUGCCAUUGAGGGGGUGCUGAGCCGCUUUCUCACCUCGAAGACGACCGACUCUCUUCAACGUGUUCCGGGCGGCGUCUCCCAUGUUGACUCGCGGCCCACUUGUGGUGUUCUCUACAAAAUUUGGGCGACUGGUUUCUUGCCGAUAUGUCUGAACCUCGUGCACGCAGUGGGUGCCGCCAUCGCCCCCGAAAUUUCGUCCUUUUUGAACCAAUUCACCAACCAGCUCGUGCGUGCCAGCACUAGUUUUAUGCUCAGCCCUCAAACCAGAGCGGAUGGAACGGACGUUCUGACUCUCGCAUUGGCGAGCGAGGCGGCGACACUUGCAUUGCUGUCCCGCAUUCUUGCCUCAUAUCGAGAGGCGGGGGCUUCGGCCGCGGUGGACCCGCUAACAAUCCCCCCGUUGAAGGGGUACGACGAGCAUAGGAAAGCCAUCGCCGAGGACAUUCGGGACGUGCUGGCCCUGAAAGAAGUCUCCAGAAGGACCAUGACUGUUCCGACAGAUGAGAGGGAACGAAGUUUGCAGAGCUCGAAGGAAGGUGAUAAGUUGGACAGAAAGAUUGUGAAGGAAUUGAAGAUGGCCCUGGCAGCUUUGGGUCGCGACGAAGACGACGAAGAAAAGUGA